AUGGUUCUGACGGAGUUGCUGAGGCUAAAGGAAUCCAAAUCACCAGGUCCCGAUGAGAUUCCGGCGAAGAUUUUGAAGGAACUCGCCGGUGAGUUGUCUAAGCCACUCUCCAUGCUUUUCCAUACAUCCUUCGAGACCGGAUAUCUGCCACCCGACUGGAAGUCGGCGUGGAUUACGCCGCUGCACAAGGGCGGAAGUCGGGUCUCUGCGAACAAUUACAGACCGGUCAGCCUCACCUCCAUUUGCUGUAAGAUUAUGGAGAAGAUAAUAAAGCAACAACUAAUGCAGUUCCUUGAACAAAACCAUUUGCUUUCCGAUUCUCAGCAUGGAUUCCGAAAAGGCAGAUCCUGUGUGACAAACCUGCUCUACUGUCUGGAACACUGGACUAGGGCUGUUGAUAGAGGAGAUAUGGUGCAUGCCACCUAUAUCGACUUUAAAAAGGCCUUCGAUAGUGUGCCUCACCACCGCCUUCUAUACAAACUUAGCCGUGCAGGAGUGCGGGGUAAGCUUCUGAAGUGGAUUCGGAGCUUUUUAAUCGGCCGCUCUCAAGCCGUCCACGUCGGUGACCAACAAUCUACCGAGGUUGCCGUUAAGAGUGGUGUUCCCCAAGGCUCCGUUCUUGGCCCUACGCUGUUCCUCGUAUACGUCAAUGACUGCGCAAACGAACUGAAUUGCGAUGUUGCAAUGUUUGCCGAUGACAUAAAGAUUUGGAGUACCAUACGAAGCGAAUUUGACGAGGCGCGACUGCAGACAAGUCUGGACCACCUCGAGCAAUGGUCGAAAGACUGGCUUCUACCGUUCAACGAGGUCUUUCAAACUUUUGUGCGACCGCAUCUGGAAUUUGCUAUCCAAGCAUGGCGACCCUGGACCGCUAAAGACUUGGGCAUACUCGAAAAAGUUUAA